GGCACAUCCCGCGAGCUUUCCCGUUCUCUCGUUGUUUGUUUACAACCCGAGUGCUUCCUGCUUGCUAGCAGCUUUGUCCACAGAGCAGCUAACUGGGUUAUUGUUUUUAACUGAAAGUGAGAUUUCAAGAUGGGAUGUGAUGGAGGAACGAUUCCUAAAAGACACGAGCUGGUGAAAGGACCCAAAAAAGUCGAGAAGGUGAGUUUUUUUUCCGGGUUUUCUCUUCUUCUAUACCGUGAACGACAGAGGGGUUAUUACGGUAGCUAACAUGCUAAGACAGGAAUACCAGCGCGUAUGAACUAUUUUGUGUAAAUUUACAGUAUUUUUGUAUGUGUUUACAACUUAAUAAAACUUAAUAGUAUGUUAAUUGAUGUUUCUUGUGAGACACAUAUUAUCUGACCAGCUAUAUAGAAGGUAAAUACGCUCACUGAUGAUGCUAACGUCAGAUAACAAAGCUAAUAAACCGUGAUUUGAUCAUUCUUAUGUGUAAUCCUCUUAUAUCUUCAUAUUUGUGUUUCCAGGUUGAUAAAAAUGCAGAGUUGGCUGCCAAAUGGAAAUACUGUGCCCUGUCCCAGGAGAGACUCAAACGUCCCAUCGUUUCCUGUGACCUCGGAAGGUAAGACGUGGAUUCAGUGAGAUUUGACUGACUGUGGAUCAGCUGGGAGGUGUACAGAUGAAUGAAUGUGCUGCCUGGAUAUGAUAGAGAAAAUAAGGGGACGUGAUACUGUGACUAGGGGUGCACCGAUCACGGAUCUUUAAAUAGCUUGACCUGCCGAUACCGAUUUUUUUGUAUAACUGACAACAUUCACCUUUGAUGCUCCAAUCUUAUUUAAAUGAAAAACAUUCAACAACACUUUUGAAAGAAUACAAACUUUUGUAUUUGUCUCAACUGCACAUGAGGUAGUUCUCUCAAAUAUAAAUGAAAAGUUUAGAAUAUUGUUGUCCAAACUACUAAACUAUAUCAGCUCCUUUAGUCUUUUAUUUUCCACGUUUUAAAAUUUAACAAUACUAGUGCAACAGGUCAUACUGCAGGCUUGUUUUGAGCCUCUUACUAAAAUAAAAUGCACAUCAGUAUUUUGCUUUUACAAAUAAAGGAAAUCACAAGGUUUGAGAGAAUCAGUAAAAUAAUAAUCUACGGGACAAACUAACAACACAACUUAAACCACCAAUAAGCCUGAGUCCUGAGUGCUAGGUCUCCUUGUAGUGGGUUCAACAUGCUCAGUUGAUCAUGCUCCGGAUUACUGUUGUGUGUGCACCCAUGACCUGGUGGGCGGGCCUGUUAUUCUGGCAAAGCAAAAAGCUACAACGGCUGACUUUCAGACCUAUGCUGAGGUAGAUAAGAUCGGUGGAUGAUCAGCCGAUCACUGAUCCCCCAAAAUCGAGGAAAUCUGCACCAAUUGAUCGGCUGGCCAAUUUAUCGGUGCAUGAUUGACUGUGACGUGGAGUGAAUGAGGUGAUGUGUUUGUUUUUCGAGCUGUGUUAAAAAUCCUUGUUAUGUUCUUUUCAGGCUCUACAACAAAGAUGCUGUCAUCGAAUACCUUCUGGAUAAGACAGCUGAGAGACCAAAUGCUGAGGCAGUCACUCAUAUCCGUGGGAUCAAGGUAAACUAAUAUAAUCUUGUUUUAUCCUCGCAAGUGUAAGUCUGUUUUUAGUCCUUGUCAAUGAUUUUAAAUGAACAUCAAAGGGAUAUUCCGGCGUAAAAUUAAUUAAGGGUCAAACACACUGUAACACCGAGUUAGACACCCCCUCCAGAGAUGAAUGUUGCAGACCGCUUGCUUCUCUAGUUAUACCAACUUUAGUAACGACCGCAGGAUAGCAAUACACAGCGGUCUGAGGAGUCAUAAACCAGCCUCAACCAAAACGCCACUCUAUAGCCACAAAUAAUGCUAAGAACAGCACCUAACUUCAUCAACAGGACAUAUAGGGUCCCAGCCAUAGUACUAGACACCAAACAUCUUUUUAACUUUGCCUAAUUUCUUUAGCAAAGAGACUAAACACAACUCACCUACUCUCUUCCAGCAGCUGCUUGUUUGUACAGAGACCUCCAGGCAAGUCCAUCAACUGCAGCGGGGUGACGCAGCUCAAGAAAGAACAUUUAUGAUCAUUUCUUUAUCAUUUCCUUGAAGUAGUAAUCAUCAUAUUAAUCCUUUUGCACAGCAGACGUGGUAGUUCUUCUGCCUUAGCGUCUCGGUCUGUUAGCAUUUCCAUGAAGAAAUGAUCAUAAAUGUUCUUCCUUGAGCUGCGUCACCCCGCUGCAGUCAAUGGACAUCUGAAUAUGGAUAUCUGAAAAAAAAACAGAUAUGGCAGUUCUUGUAUUCCUUCAGCCAUUAGGCUUUUAAAUGCCAGUGUUAGUGUGUAGUGUACACGGUUGUUAUUACUUUUGUUAAGGUUUUUAAAUCCAUUUAUUUAUUUUUAUUUAUUGCCACAAUUGCACUUGCCACUUCUGCACUUUAUGGCUGGACCCUUCAGCUGUUUUACACAUCGACAGACACGUGUAUUAUUGAGUGAAUGUGUCAAAUGUCCUGUCCUUUGCUGCAACCCAUGUAUUGCAAACUGAAUUGGCAAAAGCAAACUGUAGGGAAAUAUACUUAGGGUCACAAAUUAUAAGCUGUGAAAGAGAUGAUUGUCAAUAUUUUUAUAUUGUAUACAUAAACAUGAAAAACACACCACUUUUACAUGGGAUAAGUUGCUGUACUUUUGAGAUUGUGAUCAAUAUUGCAGACAGAAAAUACAGUGCUAUGUCUGAUUUUUCCAAUAUUGUGCAGUUAUAGUCUUUUGGAAUCUACUGAGUUAUUCCAUGUCUGUCCAUCUUCCCUCUUUGCAGGAUAUAAAAGAGCUUAACUUGACUGAUAACCCAGAGUGGGAGGGAGAGAGAAGAAACACCAAAGGGGACAGAUAUGAAGACAUCCACUGUGGCAUGUUUAUUUGCCCAGUUGUUGGGCUGGAGAUGAACGGCAAGCACAGGUAACGAACGAGACGACAGUUUGAAUCGUGAGGAAACAUUUUCACACACUCAGUCCUAAUCACAUAUCAUAUUUCAGAUGAGCUGUGAUUGUGCUGUUAAGGCUUUUCAUUUCAAGUGUAAAGCUGUGAAAAAGGAUGAAUGAAAAUGCGUCUUCUAAUACAUGAUCAUUGUUACUACUUUCAGGUUUUGUUACCUGCAGACCUGCGGCUGCGUCUUUUCUGACAGAGCCAUGAAGGAGGUCAAGACAGAAAUCUGCCACAAGGUCAGUGAGGUUUCUAUAUUCUGCUUAUGAUGAGGUCUCUGUUUGUGUAACCCAAACACAGACAGUUCAUGACAUUAGUGAAUAAGCAGUGAUGGAAAUUUACUCGCAUUUUUACAGUGGUUACAAGAGCACUAACAGUUUCUCUGACAGAGAGACAAGUGUUGAAAUAAUACUGUUAACUCUUGAACAAACAAGUCAUUAAAUCUGUUAUUGUUUGGAGCAGAUAGUGUCUGUUUGUGUCUGUGGGCUUCGCUGUUUCUCUCUGAGAGCUGUGCCUGGCAGUGACCCAAAUAGAUCCACUGGGGGAUCUCACAGUAGGAGGCCUCUGAGUCAGUCUGGGUCCUGACUGGUUAGGUUUAAGUAUAUGUAAAGCUAUUUUUGUGAUUUCUCACGAAAGACUGUAAUGAGGUAUAAAGCAUUGCAACAGAUGGUAUCCAGUUCCUGCUGUUGUUUCUGUGGAAGUCAAAGCAUCUUGGCAGGGAUUGGAUGUUAGACUUUAGCCAGAAAUAGGGACUGAAACCAUUUAUGAAUGUUUCAGUGCUUUUUAUGGGAAACGGACCCUUUCUCAUGAAGUAUCCACUCAGAUAGGCUUAUAAGGCAAUACAUGACUCUCCUGCUUUGCUUACAGAUACUCCCAUGAAUUUUUGUGCUAUUAGUGAUCUGAAUACAGUCUGUGACAGAGAAUUCUUAAUUCUUAGUCUUUGGUAGAGGUAGAAAGUGAAAGUUUUUGCCAAGGUCAAUCAUUUGAACUAGGAAUGGGCGUGAUCAAUCGAUGAUUGAUUAAUUAACCGUUAAGAAUUACGCUAAUUGCGCAAAAUUUCGAUCGAUUAACGUUAUUAAAAAGUGCUGACAGUGUGUGUCCAUCCUCCAGCUGCUUUCCAACAAAGAUCAACCUCUGCUACUCGUCCAGUCGGUGUGUGUGUGUAUGUUGAAGAAAUGCAGUGACCUUAGGUUGCGAAAGAUUUUGACAUUUUGCGAGGGGAGUGAUACAGCGUCAGCGGGCUUUUGUAAAAGUCGAGACAAACAUGAAGAAAGACGAAGUGGAAAAAUGAUGAGGUUUGCUGCAAACACUGCAAUGUCAUGUACAAGUAAAACACGACAAUGACCCCAAUGGUGGACCACUUGAACCACAUACAUCAGACUGAGGUUAAUGAAUCCUCUGAGUACUCUCAGUCUCAACCAAACAUCAGCUCCUUGCUAGCACUAGCAAGGAGGAUCUGUAGGGUGACCAGACGUCCCCGAUUUCGGGGGACAGUCCUCGUUUUGGAUUACCAGUCCUGUGCUAAGGUUGUCCCCGGAAACGUCCCCGAUUUUAGCGUUUCAUGAAUGAGAAAAAAACAACAGUUAUCAUAGUAGCUGGGUGGGUAGGAAGUGCAAGUGAGUUUGUCUGGGGGAUGACGCAGUUUUUGCGUAUUUUCUGCCACUUGCAUAAAAAAAUAAUCAAAUCGAUGAUUGAUCGUUAAUUUCUAUGAUUAAUCUUUAAAGCACUGUCUUUAAAUGCCCAUUCCUAAUAUGAACAAUAAAAAGCAGAAGUAAAAGUAGAAAAAUCUUCAAGCUCUAACUCGACUGGUUGGCUGAGGAACUGAAAGACAACAAGUUAGUUUUUCUCAUGACACUAUCAUCUUUAUUUACGCCUCUUAUUUUCAAAUAAUUUAUUCAGAAAAGGCAGUAGCUCUUUUUUUAACAGGUGUUCAAACAGGACCACACAAGUCAGUAUUAAACAUUCAGUCAAACUAAACAAUAUGAAAUGCAUAUUCAGUCAUUUGUGUAAUACUUAGUAUUGGGCAGUGUGCAGACAUUGGAGUAUUUAAAGAAAUCUAGCAGCCGGAUUCUACAUUGAAACAUCCCCUUACAUACCCCUCACAUGAGUGAAGCUACAGUGGCUUUCAAGGGCAAGAUGCACUUCUGAUAUAUGAAAGUGUUAGUCUUAGUUUGUGAAGUUAUUACCAUCAGAAUGUCUAUAAGGACAAAUUAUUUCUGCAGGACUAUAACCACUCCCUUUGUCUUGUCUUGGUCCUCAAACCAGUUAAUGCCACAUGACAAGAAACACUUAAACUACACGCUUGUCAAGUUUGCAUUACAGAAAAAACAUGGUAGUGCAUGAUGGCGGCCUCCAUGUAAGAGGACCUGCUCCUAUGUAGAUAUAAAAAGCUCAUUUGAAGUUAACAAAAACAAAACAGACUCAUAUUCAAGUGAUUACAUACUCAGAAAUAUUCAGUUUUUACCAAGUCCAUACACACUGCACUUUAAAAUAGUAUUUGUUUUCUACUUGCAGGUUGUUUAAAAUAGCUGUUACUGCAUCCCUUUGGUGUAAAUAUAUUGUAGUCAUCUAGAGCUUGUGCACCGCUUUCUGACAUUUACAAAAUACAGUCAUCUUACAGUUUUAUAAAUAAACAAAGUAGUUCUUAAAAAGUAGCUUUUCCACAGUAUUGUGCGCCUUCUGGUCGUGCACAUUGCCUUAGUUUUUUACAUUCACAGCUACCAAAUGAGUGCAAAUAUUCAGAACUGCAUGUAGACUGAGUUUUUUAAAAUAUAUAUACCGGCAGCUGUUUCACGCUCCAGCACUGCCGUUGAAGUAGUCCCCUCUCGAGUUGUUCCAUGUUGCGAGCAGCCAUGAGGGCUCUAUGGGAACAGCCGCCUGGUUCAACACUUUGUCCCGGUGCCACAGCUCCAUGGUAUCCAGCGCCUCUGGAAACGUGUCACUCUCGAACUUAUUGGCAAACAUGCUCUUCUUGUUCAUGAUCCAGGGCAGGUCUUCCACUCCGUAGACACAGAUGUCCCGGACGUAACGCCCUGGAACAUGAAAACAACUUUAGCCUCAAACUGGUACAGACGGUCAUAAGCUUGAUUCUUUAUUGCCAAAGCAUUGAGGGAUUAUUAAGGUGUUUGUCAUUGAGCGAGCCGCCGCUGCAGAUAUGAUCUUUUUUUUCCCUUUAAAUUGCAAAAUAUCUCCUUUAAUAUGGAAGCAAAUUUGUAUUUUAAUUCAAAUGAAAACAGAUCAACAGAAAUGCAUUUGCAUUUUCAGGAUGUCCCUGCACUUCUUGACUCAUAAAUAAAAUUAAAAAUAAAUAAUCCAAACUGCAAUUGCCUUAUUUUUUUAUUCAAAACUGAUCAUUCUGUAACUUAAUUCAAAUGUAAAAGAAACAUCCAUUUAAGAUUUAAGGUCCUUACACACUGGGAACGAUGCAAAUAUACGGUGUGAGAUUACAAAAUAUUCAGAGGCAAAUUUUGAUGCGCCCUACUGUACACAUGAAGCGCGAUGCGAUUUUGCGACUUUCUAGAGGGGGGGAGACGCAUCCUGGGUGGAAGCGAGAAGACUGACCCAACAGCAGACUGAGUGUUUUCAGUUCUUAUUAGACUCUAGUGUUGAGAUGUCUGUCUGUCAUGAUAGCAUGUACUGAGUCGGGGCCAGUACCAGAUAAGAACAUUAAACUAUAAUCCAUAAACGUAAGGGAACAGCCGAGACCUAAUGGUGCUGUGACAGCAACACAAUUAAGUUUGAGACAGUGAAAAUACACAUGGUUUUUCUCAGCACAGAUGAAAGUUAAAACAAAGACGUUUAUCAAACUGUUAAAGCACACAAACCAUCGUCAUAUGAGAAAUCUGACGCCAUGUUGUCCUUCAGGUUGUUAUCUUUGUAAUAUUUAUUUUCAAAAAGCACUCUGUUCUCCGACACGUAAACAAUCAGACGGUCGGCCAUGUUGGAUAUAUAUAAUCGCACGGAAAAAAUGGUCCCGGUACGUACGGACCUUUAAUUUUCAAAAUAUGCCCCAGCAAAUAUGUACCGAAAUUCAGUUUGAAAUGUCAAAUCUGAAAGUUCAAAUGUAUUUGCAGUACGGCGUUUUUGUUCCAAAGUCAAAACUGCAUAAUUUGACUCAGAAAUAAAAUGAAGAACAAAUAAUACAAACUGCCUUUUCUCAAAACUCAAACCGGCUUCGCAAUCCCUUGCAUCAGUCUUCUUAUCAUCUCCUGUUGACUAAAUCUUGGCUUAGGCGGAGACGUUUUUCUCUGUCCUGUCUAAAAGCCAAACAUGUAAGACAAAGACUAUUUUUACUUCUUAGUACACCGGUAGAAUAUGAGGGAGGUGCGAUGAGAUAUGAUUUAGGUCUUCAUUGUGAAUAUAGUUGUGAAUCUGGUCACCAAAGUUGACUCAGGAGAGAAAAAUACUUGGUGAAUAAUCUGAUCUGAGUGUAGAUGUAUUGUGGACCAUUCAGAGAAGACCAGCGAUAACUCCUGAGGUACACCAAUCAAACCAAACAAACACCCACUCCUGUACCGUACCUUUGCAGCCGUCAUGCGCCCUCCCCUCCUGAUCCCUCCACUUGAUUGCCCGGAUAUCUCCUGCCCAGCCUCCGUCCAUGUGGUUGCCUGGAGCUUCUUCAAACACAUAACCAAACAAACCAAAACAUGAUUAUGUGUCCUAACUGAAUUAUAAAAGCUUUACAGUUAAACGUCUCCGGUGUGGCAGGGAUUCCCGUAUGCACCCCGCAGGGAGGGGCUGUGUGCUGCUCCUCAUGAGAAGUUAGGGUUUCAACUUUACACAUGUCGUCUAAAACAGACAGGAAGUACUAAUGACUUUGAGUAUAUUCUCUAUUACAACCGAAACUACAUCUGUUUGUAAGCAUAUCCUGUCAAACAUAAAUCUGCACCACAGUCAGACCUUGUUUUUUGACUGCGGUGAGGUCUUCGCCACAUUCACACGCACUGCUGACCCGCUUAUCUUGCUGGUUUGUUAGUGCAAAGCCACAUCCUCAAACUUAGUGAUGAGAAUCGUACAGACAGGGUUAGUCUAAAUCACCGGAAGUACAGUUUUCUUAUCAGAGGACAGCCCUAUUAUGAUUGUUAAAACAAGAAAAAAAAAAAGAGAUCGCUCGAGGGCAUACAUGUUUUAGCCCUACCCCUUAAAUUGCACAAAAAUCACGUGAAUGACUUGUUUAUAUCAGAGGCUGUUUAUCUCCCUAAAAUGAUCUGUAUCAAAAUUGGCAUUGGAAAAAAUCAGGAAUAGUUUUUUUCUUUGUUUUCUACUUUUCAGUUUAUAAAGUCCCUCUAAUCGGCACAUCAGGACAGAUAUGCUGUGGAAAGAACAACGUUUGUUCACGUCAUUGAUUCCUCUGAAGAGAAACAAGACCAAGAGACUUUUUCACUUCCCUUUUAGUGUCUGCGAGAAGACCAGUGUUGCUUGUAUUUGGUGUUUUGGAAAAGGUCCUUCCAAAUGUGAUCUCUUUAGACUUGACUGAAGUGUAUUUAGAUGUUUAAAUAUAAGCUGUGACCUGAUAGAAAGUAGGAAACUGUCACAAUAUUGUGCAUCACUGCUUUACUUAAAAAAGUGAAUCAUCAGAUCUGCAGAUGAUGUGGACAUCUCUGCUGAUAUGUAUGACUGAUAAGGUGCAGAGGAGUGUUUUUAAGUGACGUAAACAGAUAUUUAUAAUGCUUAUUAAACACAGAUGAUUUAAGAUGAUUCUCCUUUAUCACCACAAACUUGAUUAUGCAUCUCAAGAUCUGAAGAGGAGGUGCAAGAAGAGGUCAGAAAAAUGUUGUCUCCUGCCCUCAAUGGAGUUCAGUCAAGUUAAGAAAUAGUGACCUCCAAGAGAUCAAUUAUCUUAACUGGAAAAUGGUUGAAUUCAGUCCUCUUAUUACAACUGCAGGCUGAUGAUGCAUUUAGAGUCUCUCUAUGCUGUCCAAAACCAGUGUUACUUCUUGAAUGUAGCUUAAACUGCAACAUUUAGUCUGUAGUCAAGUAGAGAGGUUUCCCAUGAGUCCUGUCAGCGUGACGAGCCUCACUGCCAAGAAUAUUAAUGACAUUUAAUCUAGUGUAGUUUCGUUCGUGGACGAUUCAUUAAAAAGAACCGAACCAUUUAAGGGAACGUACUGAACCGAAUCACUUCCUCAAGGGAUUCGUUGUUUUCUCACUUCAGUUGAGCUGAAGUUAGAAACAGCAUUGCCAGGCCAGCAGCCGGCGAACGAGGGACCACAUUUUUUUUUUUUUUUUUUACUGCUAAACUGCUACCACAAUAACUUGCAUACAAUGGGACACAGCAUGUAACAAAUAGUGCAUAAAACCCGCAGCAUCCUAUCAUUGCAGCGGUUUGCAAGGGUGCAUGUUCAGUGUGAAUUUAAAUCACUCAGUGAGCCAAUUUACUGAGCAGACCUGAUAAAUGGCAUACAAUAUUCCACUACACUUAAAACAUCAUGACUUUUGCCAAAGUAACACAGCCAAACACUCAGUUCAGGAGGUCGGAGUCACAGGCCUCUCCUGCCAAACGUGAAGUGAUUCAGUGAUUUGGUGAACGAAUCUUUUGAACAAAUCUUUUUAGUGAACUGAUUCUAGUGAUUCGGUACAUCUCAAAGAACUGCCCUGCCCAUCACUAAUUUAAUCUGCAUACAUUUAAUUUGAGUUUUUUCUGAGUUUCUAAAUUAACACAAUAAGAAUCAAAUCUGUUUCUUAAACGACAGGUGCAGUAAGAGGAUCAGGAUCAGAAUGAGUCGUAUACUGUACACCGCCAUUAAAAGGGCAAGUGAGAGACAGAGAUGACUCACUGGUUGUCAGUAAAAUCAUGUUUCAUUAUCAUAAAAAUUUAGUGCUGAGAUCAAGUUAAAGUACUUGUUUGUUCUGUGUUUCCAUGACUUCACAUUCGGGCUUCUUUGCAGUCAUCAUGAUGUCUUUUAAGUCAAGAGUUCAACAGUUUUUACCGUGAACUGGUUUCAGACCACAAAGUUGGAACUUUUGCAGCCUCUUCGUAAUGAGUCAGAAGUUUGCUGUCGCUCACUUCGAGACUGAUCCCGCCCACGUGCUCUAAUUUUUUUUUUUUAAACAACUGCAUUGUGGCUCCAGCUUACAAAACUUUCCAUAAUUUGACAUUUGACUGUUUGAAAAGGAAAUUAAAAAGGAAGUGGUCUCUCCUGCCAUCACAUAACUUUAUACCAGCCAACGCAUGUCAAGUUUAAAUCCUGAUUUGUGCCCUAAAAGUCUAGCAUUUGGUGUGUUCUGGUAUUAUCACAUCAUCUACUUCAACUGUAAGAGCUUCAAUGACCCCCAAAGGACAGUUUUUCAUGCUGCUAUAAUAUCCAGGUCUGCAAGUGAAACCUCUACUGAAUAUAUAGAUCCAAAUUUACAAGACUAAAAUUGAUUUGAUAUGAUCACUUCUGUGUAAAUUUCACAGAGACUAAUUUUUCUCAAAAUUGGGCGAGUGCUUUUUCUGGAUCCUGCUGAAAAACAAAAACAAACUCACAGAUGGCAGAAAGUUUCUCUUCCUUUUUCAAAUGUUAGUUUUACCUUUUAUGUGGUUGAGUGUCACCCAGUAGUGCUCAUCUGGACUGAACGUGUCUUUGGACCACUCCAGCAGGUCAUGAGCUUUUCGGUCUUUCAGAAUAAAGUCUACAAAGGCUCUUGUGAGAGCAUAGUAGGCUGUCCCAAAAUAAAUCUGCAGCUUGUGUGGAGGAGGAUCUUUCUUUUGAUGCCGCCCCUUUGGAGUUACGUGAGACCCCGUGAUCUCUUUGUACUGGAACAGAGUCCUGUGCUUCAUGUGCGCUGGCUGCUUCACCCCGGGUGUCAUGUUUUUGUCCCUCCACUCUUUGCUCUGCAGAUACCGCACCAGUUCCAAGUUAGUCAUUACAGGGAAAUCCUGUCCACACAGAUUCACCACCUUCCUCCACUUUAUUUUGGACUCGGCCAGAUCCGCCAUACAGUUCAGAUCUGCUUGCAAGCGGGAAAACCCAGCGUAGGUCACAAUCUCACUUCGGCUGGAGAGGAAGGUGUUUUUAAAGCAGCUGAGUAUCCUCUGUACAGCUUCCUUGUACUCCGAUGGAGCCUUAGCAUCCACAUGGAUGCAGUAGACGUUUUGUGGUGCGUAAAUCGCACGCAAAAGACGCACAAAAAGCCCCAGCUCUUUGUGAAUGGUUAUAAUGUACGCUAGAGGGUAGUCGCUCUCCUCUUGGCUAAGAGGUUCGGUGAUGAAGUGAAGGUCUCUGAUCAGAGCCGAACACUGCAGGUCACUGUUGAGAAUCAAACUUUCCACCUAAAAACAAAGAAACAAACAUGGUUAUUAUACAUGUCAGUAGGGCUGCACGAUUUUUGGCCAAAAAUAAAGUACGGAUUUUUUUCUCUGAAAACUCGAUUUUUGAUUUUGAUUUUUUAUUCAGUGACAACUUCAAAAAAGUUUUUCUAUCAUCCCUUAAAAAGAGAACACUGAAAAUGAUGUAGUGCAUAUGCCAAGCCUGUAAGUGUCGCUGUAACGCUGCUCAGGAAAUGCACAAAAGACAGAAGAAGAGUACAGAGCAUGUGUAUAAAGGUUGUUUUGGUCGGACAUACGCAGGCGCCAUAAAAGAGUUACGCUGUGUGUCACAUGAUCGUUUCCAGAGAUGCAGAUAGACAUCCACACGGAUAUGAAAUGGUCGUCGUUUACAGAUUUAUUCACUCUCUGACCUGUUUUCAAAAAGUACUGUUUACAGUCACCCGAAACGCUGUUUCCAUGUGGAUGAAACGCCAAUACGACUAAAAGCGUUCGCAUUUACUCCUGAAUUCGUUCCUGUGUGGACGGGUUGAUACCACCUUCAGACAGACUUUGCAGCGGGGAGUGGUUUGCUCUUCAUCUGAAACUGUGAAGCCGUACCAAUUCAACACGACUGACUUGUUCUUGUCCUAUUUAACCACGAAAUUAUCCCCUUCUUUUGCAAACGCCAUGUUUGCUCAUGAAAGUGAGGAAAAUCUUUUUGACGAUUUGAUUAUUUUUAACAUAAUCAAAAUCAGAAAAUCGGAUUACGAUUUGAAAAUCGAUUAAUCGUGCAGCCCUACAUGUCGACAACAGUUACUCACAACUGUGGGAACCAAAUAUAACUAUUGUAUAAAGUUGGUUCAUAAUACAAAUUUUAAUGUUAUUGUUUUAUUGAAAAGUAUAAGUCAUUAGUUUAAAUAUGAGCCUUUUCUGAUUAUCUUAACCAGUGACAUUUCGAUAAAAGUGGAAAACAAUAACAGCCAGUAUAUUAAAAAGCCAAUCAAAGAAGUAACUCGACAUGUACCUGACAGUUUUGAUGAUGCUCCUGCACUCCUCUCUCCUUGCCCGGCAGAAAAGCUUUACAUUCAAAGGCAGAGAGCGGGGAACUCAGGGUCUCUUGCGGUUUAGGAUCUGUUGGCAUUCUGGCCCUCAGGUAAAUGACCGAGCAGAUAAUAAUACUCAUCCCCAGGCAGAACAAGAAGCUGCAUUUGGUCCCGUCAAGCUGGUACAUAAUAACUGAGCUCCUCCGUAUCCAGACAGCAGCACCACAGAUAAAACGCCUGCAAAAAAAAAAACAUCCAGAUCAGUUAUUUUAAGGAGCGUCCUGAGGAAUAUUAAACAGGGUUAAAAAUGUAGGUUAGCACUAAUUGAUGAAGCCGGUUUUUAGCUCAAGAAGAAAUGUAGUUUAGUGUCAAGAAUCAGAGAUGAGAAACACAACCGGCAGCAAGUUUGUAAGUAGUUUAUAAGUAGUCAUUUAUUAGUAGAAUAACUCAAAUAAAAAUGAAUGAAUCAGAUUUUUAUUGGGCUGUAAAAAAAGGAGGCUGUUCUUCUCUUGGAUCCCGACCAAAAUAAAAUCCAUAAAAGUUAACUGUUAAGCAGCAUUCGUUGAAACAGAGAAGCAAAGUACACUUAGAGAUGACGUGAUACCAACAACAACCCAGCCUAUCUCCUAUCAGCCUAUCUCCUCAUUGUUUCUGUUAGAGAUCUGUCGUCUCUGCUGGGAAAAGGCACGGAAGUUGACCUGAGGAGGGGAGCGAGUUGGUUAAUCAAUGAUUUAUUUAAUGCAAAAGUGUAAAACUUCUGAGCAACUGCCAAUUAUUAUGUGGGAAUAAUAAACAGCUCCAUGGUUAGAGGUUGUUGUCUUUGCUUUUAUGUAAUUACAAGAUGAUAAAGUUCCUCUUAUCUUAUCUGAACAACACACAGACACAGUCGAAGCAUCCUGUGAUCAAGUGAGGUUAGAUGAAAAGCACUUUGACUAAAAAAAAAAGAGUCCGGAUAAAUAAAAUAAAGAGACUCUCGCACCUGGAAAUGCUGCACAGAUAAAUAAUCUUCAGUUAGGAAGAAACAGUGGAAACGCACAGGAAGACUCAUGUGACAAGAUCUGAAAACUCAGAUACACAGCAGCAGUGAAAGGUGCAAAGUUCAUUAGAUAGCAUUAAGUAAAUAAACAACGUCUUGUGUGAGAUAUCAGUUUUGGCAAAACGCUGUAACUGAAGGAGAGAUAAGAGAGGGGCAGGACCCUGAAAAGGAGGAGCUGCUGACACUGACAUGUGGGCUUCUGAACGCUGCAGCUGCUGAAUGUCUCAUUUUAUUUUUACUCAUUUUUAAUUUAUUCAUUUGUGUGGUUCAUGAGGCUGUGAAACUACAACCAUCUUUGAAUAAAUAGAUAUAUGUGAAUUAUAAUGUGAAGGACUAUUUGAACACAUUUAAUUUUCAUGAACAUCAACUCUUCAGUCAGAGAACGGGGUCUGAUAUUCGAGAUGUUGAUGUCCACUGACUAUUUUUUAUAGUUUCAUCCCCAUUGAAGCACAGACCAGACUUUUACACGAUGCAUUGCGUCUGAUUUUGAGUCAUAGUUUGCAUUUGGUCUAUUCUGCAGGCCUCAUGCAUGUUGCAGGCGUGUCUGUUUUUAAGUGUCGAGCUUCAUCUGCUCUAUUUGAAGCUCCCGUCUGUCAAAAUUUGGUUAAAUUCUGGGUAGCAGCAGCACACAGCAUGCAAGGCCCGACUUGUAGGCUGCUAAAAAUUGAUUUCAGCUUCGUGACUUCUCGUGUGUGUGCGUGUGUGUGUGUGUGUGUGUGUGUGUGUGUCUCACUCGUCUUAUCUCUGGAGAAAAUAACUUCAUAUCAAACUUAACCUUAUCCAAACACUCGCUUUCCACGUUGUAACUGAUAUUAAGUGCAAUAAACAGCGGCGUGUCGUGUUCCUGUGUGUGCAGAGCUCUGGCGUUUUUAAAUAAUAGUUUUGUCGUUUUUUUUCUAUUUAAGAUGUUGUAAAAAAAAAAAGAAAUUAGAGCAGCCUGAACUGUUGGUGUUGCCUGUAAACGUUUCCAAGUUUAAGAAACUUAAAAUAUCGUGUUUGUUUCACUUACUGCAACUAAGACUGUGACGUCUCUAUGGGCUGAAGUCACAUUUUUAGUUUUUUUUUCUAAAUUUGAUCACGUUCGAGCAAAAUAUCCUCAAUGUGGCACACAGGGAAACAUAGAUACAACACUCCCUCGCACUUAUAUUCCCAGUGCCCCCCUCAUUACCACUGAAGGCUGCUCAUAAUCCCACAUCAGUGGAGGCUUCUCUGUUAAUCCUCCCACUUGUUGAAACCCUGUAGCUCCACAGAUAUGGAUUUCCAUAGAGGACAGGCUGCUAUGGAAAUGUCUGUGUUUCUAAUCCUCUCGUCUCCAACGCACAGACGCACACACACACAAACACCUUGUAAAGAAGACACACGUGAAUAAACAAGCUUGCACUUUGUUUUCUGAGGUUACCUCACUCGCCAGGUCAAACCGAGACACUUGACAUCUGUGAUUUACAUAUUUCAAGCAUCUUUUAAAGCUUAACGCACAUGCAGACAGUGUUUGCAAGGUGAGAGAGUUACCUUCAAGGCUGUUUAGUCUGUAGUCCUUGCGAUGAAGCGUAAAAGCGUCGGACAUCAGUGCUAGAUCUGUUACCUAAACAGAGCUCAGAGCUUGUUAACACAAUCCAUCCUGACUCCAGAGGGAAAGACGAGAGAUUUCCAUCUGCGCCGUCAUCAUCAUUAACAGGAGGAGUAACAACAACAGCAGCAGCAGCAGUUUUAUUCUUCUGAAGGUAGAAGCAGGACUCGGUAGUUUCCUCGUAUCUGGCAGCUCAUGAUGUUGGAGUUUGCUUCCUGUGAGACCCCGUCAGACUGAGACAGACCGCUCUGCGUUUGGCUCUUUUCGCGACUUCAGUUCAGUGCCGGUGAGGUCGCCCGCUCCUCCCUCCCUCCCUUCCAAACAUCCCCCCGCGAGACGAGGUCCGUCCCUGCCUGGUUACCAGCAGUAACACCCAGGCGUACACCUGACACACAGGAACACACUCCCACCUACCAACACACACUCAUUCUCAGAGGUUUUUCCACUCUCCUCCCACAUGUAGUUUUAUACUCACUGUUGUUUUGCAUCUUUCCCAUUUUACAGUAUUUAUUUCCAUAUCAUCCAGACUCCUCUUUAUCUCCUCUAUUAGAUUUCAGCUACAGGAGCACGCAGUUAAUAAUCCAGCGUCCCUUCUCUGUCGCUUUCUCUUUCCCUCCUGUCCUCUUUUGCUGAGGCGCGAGAUUCUGGUUGACUUGUUCGCUGACUUGCUGAUAAGACUCUCGGCUCACCCGUGUCCUGUGUCAUCUGUGGCAACAGCAGCAGCGGCGGCGGCAGAGUGUCGAACAGUUUGUUUGCUGCGUGGUCAGCUUCUGAGAUUAUCCCUCUUGUGUUGGACAGAGCACAUGGCCGGAGUUCCCACCCACUACUGAGCCUGCUUUACAACACAAUAGACCCUCUGCUGGUUACUCAGAGGUUUAAUGUUUGUGUUCAUGAGUGGGUGUGUGUGUGUGUGUGUUUUCAUGCUGCUUAUGUAAGUGAAGUUUUGGAGUUAAAGAUUCCUGUGAUUCUGUCCUCCGGCUCUGUUCAAUUAUUGUUUUUUUCAGAUAGUGUGCUUUUCCAUUAACUUUGACGCAGAAGCUCCUCUGUCAUGUUUAACAAACUCAUGGUGUCUUGCAUGCAAAUAAAUUGCAAGAGCGAAGUAAAGUUGCAGGGAACUCAUUUGGAUGUUUCUCUUUACAUACAAGUGUUUUGGAGAAUUUAUAUGCCUAUGUGUUUUUUCCCCCAUCAUAAAAACAACUAUCCAUUUGCAUAAAGAAAUAAUAUUUUCAUUUUACAACUUGCUGUUUCUCUCAACUCAACGCAGCCACAGAUACCUUAGAAACCUUUUCCAUUAAGACAGAGAGGCAAAACACUACUUUGCAAGUCAAAAUGGGACGACAUCUCCUUCCCUGUUCUGCACAACAAACCUUGUUUCUGUGCUUUUUAAAAAAUAAUAAAACAUUUACUGUAUGUGACGAACUUAUGAGCUUUUUAAAAGAGAGUGAUGUCCACUUAAACUUUGUUUAAUGCAGCUGAAUGCAAGACGGUGUUUUUGUGACCCUUGUGUUUCAUGUCAGAAUGAGCUGAAAAGCUUUUAAAAUUUGACAUGAUCUUCUUAAUCACAAACUUACAAUAAUAAUAAUAAUAAUUAUAAUAAUAAUAAUAAUAAUGAUGCUUUACAUUAUAUUUUUAACGCUUUAUCAGAGACCCUCAAAGCACUUUACAUUGGAUACAUCAUUCAUUCGUUUACACAGUCACACCUUGGUGGUGGUAAACUACCUUAGUAGUCACGGAAACGUGGCUGCCAGUUUGCACCCUCGGCCUCUCCGCCCACCACCAAACAUCAUUUACAAUCAUACACCAGUGGAGGACACACACUGGGAGCAAGGUGGGUUAAGUGUCUUGCCCAAGGACACAACAGACAGACUCAGUAUAGGGGGGAGUCGAACCACCAACCUUCCAGUUAACAUGUCAGAGGAAUUUAUCACAGGUCUGUGUGAUAAUGGACAUAGAGCCGAAGCAAAUAGUUCAUAUUAUCAAACAAAAAUACUAUUCUGUGGGUCUGUCAGUUAAUUUCCUCUCAGCCUUCCCACUGUGGACUGAGUGGACUGCACACACAAAAUGAUAAAGGUUUAGAGCCACUUUUGAAAGGAACCACAAGUUGAUGUUGAGUUUGGCGCCCUCUGUGGUCAAGACAGUAACUAAUCUUUUUGCAGACUUUUACUUAAAUGCAUAAUAUUGUCUAUAAAACAUGCCUUUCUCUCAUUUAACAGUGAAAUAAUUCACUCAUCAGCAACCUUUAUAAUGAAAAAGCAGAAAAAGCUUCAGCACCCACAAGUUAUCAACACAACUACACCGUUGUCAGGGGUUUCUGACUCUUAGGCCUUUUUGGUAUGGGAUAAGAAUCAGCUGUAGGGACCUCUGAUGAUUCGUAGUGGUGGUUGUGGAGGAAGUCUGCGUUUCCAGUGAGGUGCAACUUGAUUAUAGUAAAUAUUAAUCAGGCAAAUCAAAGAAUUAAAAUGUUUUUUUCAACCACUUACCAGACAGCCUAUAUAGAGGACCGUAACAGAUGUGUUAUAACAAAUAUAAUAAAAACAAACAAACAAACAGUGAAAUCUUCACGCAAGUUUGCACUAACGCGCAGUCGCAUAGCACACAAUCGUUUUUUUUUUUUAAUUUAAGAAAUAAUCGAACUUAUUGGAUCAGUUUUUAAAUUUACUGUUAGGUUACUGGUCAGUUUGGCUGGCAGAAAAGUAAAAGCUUACCUUAAACUCCACUAGGAAGCCGUUUGCAGAAACUAAAAUCCAUUUAAAGAUCCAGAUGUUGAAAAUUUAUCAGCGGAAUAAAAUCAUUUCUAUGCUUCAGGCGGAUUUAUGGCCUUGGUGAACUACACUGAGCACCAUGCCGCCUUUUUAUGGAGAAUUGAAGAGAGCAGCACUGUUAUCAUCGUUGCCUGGCAACUAAAUCACUCACACAGACAGAAAUCAAUAUCUCUGACUCCUGAUCAUGUAGGAGAAAAAGUCAGGAGCUCAGGGCUUGAUACAAACUGAUUAAUUGUGUAAAAGGGUUUAAAAAAUUAAUGUAACGCGUGUGCUGUAAGGAAGAUUACAGGAUGUGGUCGUCUGCCCGUUUUCCCAACGGCUGUAACUGUAGAGACAUCGAUUUAUAGUCGGUCCAUAUAGAACAACAUACAACAGACAGUAUCCAGUUGUCAGCGUUGAAAAGUCACCGGCUAUUUUACACAUUCAGCUGUAGUUAACAUUAGUAUCGAAGAAAUGUAGUCUUACCAUGUUAAAAUAUAAUGUUUAAACUAGUGGUGCAACGGAUCACAAAACUCACGGAUCGGAUCGUUCCUCGGAUCAAGAGUCACGGAUCGGAUCAUUUUUUCGGAUCAGCAAAAAGAAAAAAAAACAAGACAAAUAAAAUAUAUAAAAGUAGUGCACAGGGCAUAAUAUCUUCUUUUUAACAUAAUUAUUAAUGAAAAACAACUUAAAGUACAAUAUACAGGCAUAUCUCCUUCCUUUAAAAUGUAACAAUGAACCAAAAAUGAAGGGUGUGCGCGAUGGGAUGUCGUAACGUGGCUCAAGCACUUUCAGCCAGUUUUUAAAGCCCUCGUUUUGCACAACUGAAUACGGCCUCAUGUCUGCAGCUGUAAACACACCGAUAGAGUUUGUGAAAGCUUUAGCCUGGUCGGAUUGCGCAGGAAGAGGCUGCUUAAAUGCUGCGGUGAUGAGCGGUUGUUGGGCAGCUUCCGUGUUAUCUCAGGUGUUAUGCCAAAGAAUGCACCCCUGCCGUAUAGUGCACCCCCUAACGGGAGCGCGGUUGAAAGUACAUAACAAGGCGAAAUAAUACAAGUUUUCCUUACGUUGGAUGUAUUCAACAGCGUUUGCCUUUAAUAAUUUCAUUCAGGCUAUUCAUAUCAAAUAUGAGAUCAUUAUCUCCACUUUAAGAAGCUAACGGGUGGAGGGGAUGCAGGGGGUGCGUUCUACGGCAGGGGUGCAAUCUACGGCACAACACCUGUCAGUAAAACACCCGGGUGAUGUCGCUUCAAAUGCGUGAACAUGCUCGAUGUGUUUCCACUGUCAAAUGGCUUUCUUACGCCACAGUGCCUACACUCCGUCGCAGUUUUGUACACUGACCUCUUUCCUUCUUCAUCAUAAUUGACAGGGAAGCCAAAAUGCUCCCAUACAGGGGAUUUAAGUGUCGCGGGGCGUUCGAGCUCCUCCUUUCUCCGCUUUCAGAAAUCGAUCCGCGGAUCACAUGUGUGCCGAACCGAAUACGUCGAUCCGAACGGAUCACGGAUCAAUGAUGAUCCGUUGCACCACUAGUUUAAACUGUAGUGCAAUAAAUACUCACAUAAUUAACUUAAGUGAAAGUGUCAAUAACAGAAUAAAUGCUUUAAUUAGGAAUAAAUCCUGCAUUUUAAUCAGGGUUGCACAAUUAAGUAAAUCACAAAUUUCCAAGGCAGUUUUCACUAGAAGGUGUAAUAUUUGUUUAAGGCUAAAUGUUUGUUAAAAUAAAUGUCAUGCUGCAGAAAUGUCAUAUCAUAUGACUUCAUAUAUUACAGACUUAAUCAUACAAAUUUGUUUGGUAUAAACCCCUCUCAAAAAUCUCACAAUAAUCUAUCAAUUGCAGUAAAAGUCAAAAUAAUAACAAUUAGAUGUUUAUUCAAAAUGUGCAGCUAUAUUCAAAAUCCUGUUACUGAUAUAUUUUUAAAGAGUGUAUCAAAGUACGUCACUAAUACUGAUAUGUCAUAAGCAACAUUUUAUUAUUGUACAUGCUCAACGUGGAGUGAGUUUGCUUCACUUUGUGAGGUUAUAGAAAAAGUGUUCAGGGAUUACAAACUAAUGAAAAGUGACUUAGUAUGUUCGUUUGCACUGCUAUCAGUUCAAAUAGUAAAUGUUGCUUAUGUUUUACAUUCACUUCUUUAUUUCUUCCCUCUGUUCUCAACCCAUGUUAAAAAAAAACACGUUCACAGUUUUAGUCAAACUGCUGAGACUUUCUUCGAUUUUUCACACCUGACCUGUUUGUGGUUUGUGUCCGCGUUGUGGUGGUGUCACAUCAGCAGCUUACUCAAUAUGCUGUACUUUUACAUCCUGCACACAUUUCCACAUUCGAGAAAUAAAUUCACACAAAUUCACAGACUGUUUUUUUUGGCUGUGAAAUAGGUGUAAAGUUUUUAAAAAUGGUCUCAAAUAGGUCUUAAAUUCAACUAUAAGAAACCUGUAGGAACCCUGGUUAUGACGUCUGGAGAUAAUCAACGAUUUACCAGACGUCCCUGUAUCAUACUCACCCUGUACAAAUAGAAAGACUGCAGAGAUGGCCGUUCUUAAUGCUCAUGGCUGUGUUUGCUCUUGUAGGUCAUAAAGAGGUAAUCGGUCUCUUUCAUAAGCAGCUGAAACUAAAUCAAUUUUUCUAUGGCACGCAGGAGACUACCAAAUCAAAAUGAUUAUUUAUACGUCAGGACAUCGUUUAGCAGAUAAAAACACAGAAAAUAUUUUAGAUUUAACAUUUGAUGAAUGUUUUUACAUGAUGUUUAUCUGCGAAAUUCACAGAUUUUUGUAUAAAAACUGAAGAUAUCAUGACGUUGGUUUGUCGCCUUUGUUAAUCACUUUGAGAUUUGGAUUCAGACUUUUCUCUGAAAACAAUGAGGUCGUCAAAGACAGCUGAUGAUCGGUGAAUUCAUCUUUAUCUCGAAGAUUUUUUUUCUCUCAAAGAAAGAGUCUUGAAGCACACAAACCUUAAACUUAAGGAUUUGAUUUUACUUUUCGAUCUGGUCAGAGUUUUCUUCCUUAAAAGUAUAAUCCUGUCUGUGCUGAUUCCACUCACUUAUAGUUGAUCUUUUAAAAAUACUGAAUAAUCACCCAUUUGAUAGUCAAGUUUGUCUACUCUGUAAAUCAUCAUCAUCUCUUACCUGGACUGUCACUCUUAUGUUUUAGUGUGGGGACCCGUUCAGAGACGACGAUGUGGUGGUGCUCAAUGGCACAAAGGAGGAAGUGGAGAAGCUGAAGGAGAAGAUGGAGGAGAGGAGGAGCAAAGCCAAAACCAAAGUGAGUCAUUCUUAAAUCUAAUUAGAUAAGGAAGUGAGAAAAUCAUUUCAUUUGUGAUCAUUUCCUUUCUUGUUUCAGAAAUCAAAGAAGAGCAAAGCAGCUGAAAGUCUGUCUACACCAUCAGAGUCUAACGGUAAAGCUUUAAAUCAACAUUUCCAGAGCGUUUUCACACACACAUACACAGUGAUACUCUUGUAGUAGGUAACUGUCUAUUUGAUCAAAUGAAAUGUUGAUAUUGUGCUAAAAAAGGAGGGGGUGUAUAAGGAAAUAAAUCUGGCUAAAACAAGGAAAGUAAAAACAUUUUGGUGAAUUAUUGAUACCAGGUAGUCGUUUCUCUGACAGAGUCGACACAAACUGGGUCAGUGACUCUUUCCUUCAGUGCAGAGACGUGAUACUAGCUCACAUAUCGUGUUGGAAAUGACGACAGAGAAAGAUGAGGUGCUCUACCCCAACCACAGGAAAAAAAACCCACAAGUAAAGGAGUGAGGGGAGUUUUAUAGAGAAGUUUUAGUCACACGGCUGAUGAAACGGGUAAAACAUAACUGACAACUUCAAUAUGAAUGGAUGACGACGAUGAUGAUGAUGAAUAAGUUAUUCCAGUGUUGGUUAUUAAUGUUCCUAAAAUAACAUGUUGAUCCACUCUUGAUUUGCCUUUCUUUUUUUUUUUUACCUUUUAAGAACAAUAAAAUAAACAUUUCUUAAAGAGCGUUUCUCAGUCCCAAACUUAUGAUAGUUAAUCUGCUUUAAAAGCCAAAACAAAGACCUUUUGGUACAACAAUUACUCCAGCAUAUACAACUAUUAAUCACAAAUUUUUACUAUUUAGGAAUGGGAAUCCAGAACCGGUUCUUGUUGAGAACAGGUUCCAGAUGGUUCAAUCCAUCGACAUCGUUUACGUUUUAUUUUAAUGAUUCUUUUCUUCCGGAUGCCUUAAAAAACGGCUGAUGAGAGCCAGUCUACAUGAAUGAGAACGGAGACUUUGAGGGAAAAAACAUGGCAGACAGUACGAAAAGCAGGCGGAAACAAUCUAAAGCGUGGCUUCGUUUUACUUGGAAAUAUAACAACAGCGUGACGUGUAACAUUUGCCGAGCAGUGAUAACAUGCAAAGGUGGAAACACCAGCAACAUGCUUAAACAUUUAUCAACGCGGCACAGCAUCAGAUAUUAGCCGCUGCUGCUCUGUCUCAGCACGGCAUGGAAGAUACGUAUUAACAACUUAACAAUGUUCUCUUUUACCCGGACAUGUCCUCUUUUUCGGGGGCUGUCCGGAGAAGUUUAUAAAAUCCUUCAAAUUUCCGGGGUUUUAUAUGGAAGUUUUGAGUUUAUGUAGUGUGGACCAACCGAGUUAAAAGCGUGUAAAAACACCUGACCCGACCUGAAAAACUCUCAAAGUUUUGCGCACCACUCCGCCCCGCAUAGCGAUGUCCUCCUUUUGGGAAUUCAGAAUGUGGUCACCCCGAUUAAAAUUAAUACCGAUCAAAGUAAAUGCUGUACAAACAGUCUGUCGUUUGAUAAUUUUUUUCAUACUUAUGUUUCUGUUAUCAGAAACUCACUUAAUUUUGAGUUAACAGUGAAAACCUGUAGUCUAAAUUUUUCGUAAAUCAAAGAAAGGCAUCAGUAAUGGAAUCGUUAAAGAAUUGAACCGAUAAGCAGAAUCAGGAUAUCGAUAAAAUCUUAUCAAUUCCCAUCCCUACGACUAUGACUGUGUUAUUAAUAUGUGCAUUUAUUAUCCAGCUACAUUACAGUCUCUCAGGGUCAAUUAAAAAGGACAAACAGUCAGGAUGAAGGCUAAAUAUGUUUAUUGAUAAAGAAAAAUGAAAAGAGACAUAAAGUUAGAUCACACUGGAAAGAUACCGUGAGGAGUCUAGAGUGUGUUUGUCUACGUCUCCAUCAUCCAAACAUAUCGUGACCAUUGUGUAGAAGCCGGAGUGUGGAAACAAAGAAAUGGAUGAUCAGACGCUGUCCUGCGAGUGGAGGAAGAAGUUAACAACACCGCUUGUGUAUAUUUUUCAUAAAGGAGUGGCUUUGUUUGAGCCGCAGGAGCCGGGGAGGCAGAGUUAAAAGCAGCCUGUCUAAGUGCCAAAACCAACAUUGAAUCAAGAGCCCAUAUAAGUCAUCUAUUGUUAUGAAUUAUUAAAUUCAGGGCACAAAUGACUUUAUUAAAGAGCCUCUAACCACCUGUGCAUGAUAAAGUAUAAGACAGAUACAUGGUGAUGAUAAAUAUCGAGGGGUUGUAGUGGUUGUCGUAUUCGAACAGGUAGAGCGAUUGUAACCUCGUGUGUUUGUGAAUCUCAGAUCAGAGACCUCCUCUGUUCGGUGUUCUCACACAGCCUUGGUGUGGUUUCCUGUUUAGUUCUCCAGAAUAGCCCACAGCUCUCAGCUCAACAGUAAAGAAAGUGGGUGUUGGCUCAGAAACACUUACAGUACUAAUAAUAAUUUCAGUUUAUUAUCUGAUAAAACAGAGCAGACAGGCAGCUGGGAUUCAUUAUGAUGAUUACUGACACAAAAAAAAAAACACAUUCAAGCAAAUAAAAAUUUCAUUUUAGUCACCUAAAAAAUCCUUAAUCCUAUUGUUCUUCUUUAUGUAUAAUCCGUCUUAUUGAUAGUGAUAUGUAUCGAAUCUUCUGUUAGUGACGUUUGAAGCCUUGCGAGUUGGCCACUUUACCACGUGACUGUUUCAAGAAAUGGUUUGCGAGUUUGGCGGAUGAUUCGAAUUAUCAACGAAAUGCAAUGGAUUCCCCCCCUUCCAAAUAGGUAGACUUGAGACUUGUUGAAAAGUUAUUAUUGAAUAAAAAUAAAUGAAAUGUUUGCGUGUUAAAUGUUGUCCCCAUAACAAAAGCAAAGACAAGUAACACAUUCACAUCACAACCCUCUCCAUAAUUUAUGUCCUGCUACUGUGUCGUAAAGACAGACGCCGUAUUAAUAACUUCAUCAUCUUUGUAUUGUCUCACAAACUCAUGGCGUCACAUUCACUCGUUUAUUCGAUUCAAAGCUUCGCGCACCAGAGCGUUGGGAUGUCUUUGAUAAUCACUCUGCCUGUUUUACAUUUAUUGUCCAUUUGAUGGCGCGGUAGAGCAAAUGAAGCUUCGGCCCAGGAGUCGAGCGAUUGGAUAGAAAGCUUCAAGAGGCUUUAUUUCACCAUCCCUACUUAUUAAAUCUGGGACUUGUGUCACCCUACAGGAGACACACAAUCACCUCCAGCGGAUGUAGCAGAAGGGACCUCCCUCCAAAAUGGGGGUGAAAGCAGCCAAUCAGGUUUCUCACUGUUCUUUAUUACACACCAUGGAGUAAAGAAUGCACAUUCAGUCAAAAUCUGCACUAAUUUAUGAGACUGUCAUAAGAAGAAAUUCAAAAACCUUCUUCUGUUUCUUGUCUUUUGUGUUUUAUUUAGCCGUAGCCGGACCCUCGGGAUCCUCCAGCUCCUCAAAAGGCUCCAAACUGUCUUCAUCCUCCUCUUCCAAGAGGUCCAUCCAGGAAAUGGAGGGGAAGUCGGAGGCCUUCAAAUCCCUGUUCACCACUCACAGCUCUGCCAAACGCACCAAAGAGCAGACAUCCAACUGGGUCACCCACACUCCCUAUCACUUCUAGUGACCACCACUCAGAGUUAAAAUCUUCCUUUUUAGAUCUCUCUGCAUAAAGAGACCCCUCUAAAACACACUCACUCACACACUGAGAGAUUAUUACAGGACCCUUUAACUUUUACGAAUGUGUGCCCCCCAUCCUCCACUUUGUCUGUACUUUGCGUUGUCCUCAGUGUCCCGGUGUUUACAUGUUGUGAACAUUUGCGUUAAUAGCUCCCUGAGCUGUUCACUCUCUGUUAUGCCACUUCUUUCCCUCCCCCAUGUAUUCUGCAGUAUCGCCGUGUCCUCAGUGACAGGUGCUUGGAGAAUUUAUGUGAGGAGGACUUUAUUUUCUCUCUUGCUCUGCUGUCUUCUGAUGGACAGACAGCUGCUCAUUAAAGUGGUUUCUAAAGACUUAAAUUUGGGAUAUCUUGACUUGAACAUUUAGUUACACUUAAAAGCUUUAUUCGUGUGAACCUGCUCAAAUAUCCACUCUGUUUUAUUUAACAAUCAUCUAUGAAUAUGUGGGUGAGUAGGUUAGAGAUCUUUCCACUUAUAACCCCCGUUAGUAAAAGCCUGGUCCACAUGUGGGAGUUUGAACACAUCAUCAGGGGAUUUUUAAGUAAUUUGAGUUGGCUUUGUCUCCGGGUGAGUGGAAAGUAAUUCAACAAAUGUAAAAACAGUUGAAUAGAUACAAACAACAGUUGUAUUUUAAUAACACCCAAGGAAUCAGGAGUUUUACUUCUCAAAGACAGAAAUAGAUGUUGUGUUGGCCUUUGGUCUAAAAGUUCAAAAAUAGACAUUGAAUACUCAUUUCCCUUAGAGUUUUUUUUAAUGAGAUUAAAAUGUGUUUUUCUUGUUUGCAAUAGAAGUUUUUUUUUCUUUUUGUAAUCUAUGUGAGCAGAAAAAGUAAAAAAAUAAAAUAUAUUCAAGUCUGAUUGAGUUGAGUUUAAGAGUGUCACAGGAACAAGAAAAAAGGAAAUUCACAACAUGCUCAAUUUUACUCUUUUUUUUAAUGAACGGUGAAAUAUAAAAACGGUGAAAUUGGGUCUUCAGAGUUGUUUUAAUAAGAUCAAAAUGUGUUUUUUUUUAAGGCCAGAGCUGACGCUGCAAGCAGCGGGCGAGAACGCAAUAUCGUAGAGGCUUCACUGUGGUACCAGUGAACUUGAGGUACAUGAAACAGUGUGGUUUGGUCUUGGUCACAGAUUUCUAUCUCGUUCCCUUGAGGAUCACUGGUGGGUGAUUGUGGUUAAAACCUCUACACUUAACGAAACCCUUGCUGCUCCUAAACAACAUUCAUCUCUCAAUGGGGUGUCUAACUCUGUGUUACAGUGUGUUUGGUCCUAACUUGUGUUUUAUGCCGGAAUGUCCCUUCAAGUCUGUUAGAUAGACCUUAAAGAAGACCACAUUAAAAAGUCAUUUGUUUAGGUCAAA